CGUGGUGAAGGACACGGCGCCCGCCCGCCGCGCAGAGCCGGGCCGGGCCGCACCGGGAGCGGGACCGCGACCGGGGUCGGCGGCGCCAUGAGCGGCUACAGCGAGGACGAGAAGCUGCGGCUGCAGCAGCUCCGCGCCCUGCGGCGCCGCUGGCUGCGGGACCAGGAGCUGAGCGAGCGGGAGCCCGUCCUGCCGCGGCGGCGGCUGGGGCCGGUGGCCGCCUUCUGGGAGCGGUUCCUGCAGCCCGGGGGGUUCUGGAGGCACCAGGUGUUCAAGGCCUACCAGACCAGCGGCUUCAUCCUGACGCGGGUCCUGGUCCCCGCCUGGAUCAUCCUUUACUACCUGAAGUACCACGUCAUGAAAACGCCACAUGGAGCUGUUAUGUCAAAUCCACGGAUAUUCCCAGGGGACAGAAUUUUGGAGACGGGAGAAAUUAUGCCACCCCUGAAAGAAGAACCCGAUGAGCACCACUGAUGGUUAAAGCUGAUUUCCUCCUUCAGCAAACAAGGCGAGAACAGCAACUGCUUUCUCUCUUCUAUAAAAGAGUCUUUAUUCUG